AUGGAUUCCAACGCGAAAGCUCAACGCGACCAGCGCCUCACGCAGUUGUACGAUGAAGUCGACGACUACGAAUCCGUUUUCCUUUCCCCCAAAGACCUCCAGGCCUGCGGAAUCCAAGCAUCCCAGGUGGAUAUAACGGAAGAUGGAACCCUGCUAUUCAACCCAUGCUACUUCCGGCCUCACCCAGAGAGAGUCCUGGAGAAAUAUCCACUCGACCCUCUCAAGCAGGCCACUUACAUCCCCUAUUUAAACUUCCGCUUGGAUUUGGAUACUCUCUUUGAACGCAUCAAGAAGGGAUCGCCGGGAAUAAAACAUGAAGACGCCGUGGAACUUACAAACCAUGAGUUCAGGCUAAAAACGGAGAUGUUCGCCGGCAACUGGUCCAGGCACGCUCAUGCGACGGAGCGCCAUAUUAUGGGUCAGAUUACUGCACAUCCUAGAAAGGGAAGACCCGGCUUGUUUUCGUUCUUUGAUCUCGGAUCCCCUAGGAUGUAUUGGCGAACCAAGCCGCGACGAGGUGAAUGGCCCCUGAUAAAUUAUUUGGUAGAGGAUGGCCCUCAAAGACGGUACCGGCAAUGGGAAGCAUUCGACCUACGGGAAGAUUCCCGCAAGAAAUCCCCUCAACCACAUGCAACUCUCACAACGGUCGCGCAUGUCGCCGCGGAUGAUGCAGACCAUUGCCUUACGAGUAGUGAAGUUAAAGCUAUUCUAGCUACUUUGGUCAUACGAACGUCGCGUGAUCCCUUUCAGGAUUAUCGCACCCACCCGAUUUUGGUGUUCUCUUACACAGGGCGAAAGCACGGAAGAAUCAUUCAAGCCACUCUUGACGACCAGAGUCUGAAUUUGCAGUAUUCGCAACUCUGGAGCUUUGAGGACGAUGAUACCGCACCAGUGGAGCUUUUCGUUCGCUACAUGAUAAGCGAGUCAGUUGAGCCAGAGAGAUCCACGAUUGUUGAGCCCAUGGCUAGAUUGAAUAUAACAUAA